UCAGUACAGCAGACAACAAACAAUAGGGUUAUUCAAGGGCAAUGUCCACAUGUCUCGCAAUAGCCUAACGCUAUUUCUCCUACCUUUUUGAGGAAUAAACUCACCUUUUGUUUGCUGAUGACCAACGCAGUAGCAAAUCCAAUCAUCUGUACUGUGUAUAGGCCCCACCCUGAGUCCGCACCAGUCCAAUACCGACCCUAUACUGCAGCACAGUCGGGCCAGGAUGUCGCGGUUCCCGCUGUUCCCUGCAGUGGUGCUGGUCCUGCUGCUGUCCACCAGGCAGUGGUCGGACCCGCAGGCUGCUGUCCAGGCUGCUGUCCAGGCUGUACCUUAUGGGCCAUACCCACAGGCUGACCAGGCUAACCAGUCUGCACCCUACAUCAGUUCGGAGAACCCCCAGCUUCAGGAAAUGGCCGGCAUGAUUGAGGCGAUGCAUUCAGAGUUCAAGAGGAUACGAAGUUCAGUUAGUCACCUGGCGGAGUUGAAGGCCUUUGAAAAGCGGAUUGCUGCCAUGGAGGCCCGUCAGGACGCUGCCAUAGAAAAUUUGUCCUCCCGCCUAAACGACACGGCCGCUGCCAUGGGAGUUCUCCAGGGCGCUGCCGUGCAAAAUUUGUACUCCCGUCUUGACCAGACCGCCGCUGCCAUGGAAGUUCGCCAGGACGCCGCCGCGGAAAAUUUGUCCUCCCGUCUGAACCACACGGCCGCCCGACAAGCUGCCAUCGAGGCCCGCCAGGACGCCGUCAUGGCAAAUUUCUCCUCCAGUCUAAACGAGACGGCCGCCGUCAUGGAGACCUGCCUGGCCGCCAUUGAAAAUUUGUCCUCCCGCCUGAACGACACCGUCGUCGAUUUCUGCCGGACCAGGCGCAUGGGCAUGUCAACCGGCGAUAUUCCGGACAGCAGCUUCACCGCAUCGUCCUACUACGAUCACCGAUUCGUGCCUGCAAACGCCAGGUUCGGUAUUACCAGGAGCUGGAUACCGAGAACACUAACUGCGGAAGUGGAGUGGCUAAAGGUAGGGCUGUCCUGUUGA